AUGCUGGCGAGAAGUUCCUCCGAAGUUUUAUCAACAUCAGUCUCACCGCGACCUUCAGAUUCCAAUCAAAAAUCUGAAGAAAAUGUGGCGAAACCGGAAAACGAGGAGAAAAUCGAGAACGAUCCAUCGAAAGGCAAAGCGGAAAAGAUUUGCAAGAGUCCGCAGACGCGGAAGAAACCGGAAGCUCCGCGAGCCAAGAAUGGAUACAAUGAGGAAUUGAUUGCGUUUCAGGAGAAUGCACUUUCAGAUAUGUUUAAGACUAGAGAUGAAGCGGCUGGAUUUAAUUCGAAAGAAACUGCGACGCCAAAUGGGAAAAGGUCGAAACCUGAUAAGAAAUUUGAAUUGAAAGAUACACAGUCUUUUGAUUGA